AGUAAGGUUCCAUUUAAAAAUGCCAAAAAAGGAGUAGCUCCCAACAAAAUAUCUGGAUGUUCUGGAACCUUCUGUCAUUAAAAAUUUCUUUAAGAACCUUAAUCACUCCCAUUAAAACCAUCUUCGUCUCCGCUUACCAAUCCAUUCUCUCAACCGAACAAUCUACUCCUCCUCCUUUCUAUACAAAGAAAGAAACCCAGAAGGAGAAAGAAACCCAGAAGGCGCAAAGGGGGGGGAAAAAUUUCUGCUGUUCCUUUCUUCUUUUCCCCGGUCCUAUUUAUGUCAACUUCAUUUGAUCGAUCUUGGGGUUUUGGGGAAUAAGUUGCAGUAGUAUAUAUUUUUCGAUUUUAGUCUGAAAUUGAAGUUAGACCCAUCUCAAAUUCGACAAGGUUUUCCUCAAGCAUACCAAAUCUGGAAUUGGAGUUAGACCCAUCUCGAAUCCGACGAGGAAACUGCGAAAAUAGCUUCAACCCAGUGAGAUUGGGUAGCUAUUUUUGCAAGAUUUCAAUCAUGAAUCCGUUAUACCCAGUUAAGGAGGAGUACCCAGGAUCGAGUUCGUCGCAAUUCGGCAAAAGGCCGAUGAUGCCACCUCCACGGCCACCACCUCUGCCUCCGCCGCCGCUGCCAAUGGAAGGGCUUCACGACGUAGGCCCUCCCCCAUUCCUGACCAAGACAUUUGACAUGGUGGAAGACCCGACCUGUGACCACAUAGUUUCUUGGAGCAGAGGGGGGCAGAGCUUUGUUGUGUGGGAUCCACAUGCCUUCUCAACCACUCUGCUCCCAAGGUUCUUCAAGCACAACAACUUCUCAAGCUUUGUAAGGCAGCUCAAUACCUAUGGAUUUAGGAAGAUUGAUCCAGACAAAUGGGAAUUUGCAAAUGAAGGAUUUCUCAGGGGUCAGAGGCAUCUUUUGAGGAAUAUCAGAAGAAGAAAGGCGCCUCCGUUGCCACUCCCUCCUCAACUCCCUCCUCAACAAGCUCUAGGCCCUUGUGUUGAACUUGGACGAUUUGGAUUGGAUGGAGAAUUAGAUCGCUUGAGGCGCGACAAGCAGGUUUUGAUGAUGGAACUUGUGAAGCUGAGACAGCAACAGCAGAAUACAAGAGCCCGGCUUCAAGCCAUGGAACUGAGGCUUCAAGGGACUGAAAGAAAGCAGCAGCACAUGAUGAGGUUUUUGGCAAAAGCUAUCCAAAACCCGGCAUUUAUCCAGCAAUUAGUCCAACAAAAGGAGAAAAGGAAGGAAAUUGAAGAGGCCACUAGUAAGAAAAGGCCACGUCCAAUCGAUCAAUUCCCUAGUUGUGUUAGAGGUGAAUCGAGUCGAAGUGGGGAUGGGUUAAGAGCCAUUAAAGCUGAAAAUGAUGAAUAUGAAAAUCCUUGUGGGUUUGGAGUGUCUGAGCUGGAGGCACUUGCUUUGGAAAUGCAGGGAUUUGGUAGGGCAAGAAAGGAGAAAGAGGACGAAGAAGAGGAAUAUGAACAACUUGAGGAAUUUGACUGUGGGGAUAAAGAACUUGAUGACGGGUUUUGGGAAGAACUAUUGAAUGAGAAGUUUGAUGAAGAAUCGGGUUCACCGGGCAAUGAAGAAGGCGAAGAGGAAGCUGCGAAUGUUUUGGCCUAUCAGAUGGAUCUCUUGGGUUCAGGUCCAAAGUAGGAAAUUGGACUUGCUCGUAGUAACUAGUAAUCCUACACAUUGCAUCAAUCACAAUUUCCCUUGUUUUGUGUUAUCUGAUAACUUUUGUCUCACAUUGUGUAGAUUAGGUCCUCAGCUGAACAGGAAGAUGUUGAAAAAAUUGGUAAUCCAUUUUACUGGUGUCUGAGCCCAAAGUAGGAAGCUCAACUGAUAGCUGUUUGCUAACUUAGGUCAAAUUCGUCUUAAUUCCGUGUAGUUUAGGUAGCAGUGAAGGCUGCCGGGGUAGCAGUGAAGGCUGCCGGGCCAUAACUUUCUUCUUGGUUCUUGCCAUUUCAGGGGAGCACUAACCAAGCAUUGUAUCCAUGGAAAAAAGUUUGAACUCUGUGACUUGUGUUUUCGUUUUGGCUAUUCCUUAUGAACAUCUUUUGCUCUCAUUCAGUCACUAUCCAUCUUGAUCAGGUUACAGGCAUUGCUUGGCCAGACUAUGUAGAAGUUCUUGUCAUGAUUUUUCUCAAAGGUUCCUUAUUACUAUUGUUCUAUUUCAUUUUCAAGCUUUAUUGUUACUACUGGUUUUUAUUCCUUCUAGAAUUUCAUUUUGGGCCUGCGUUACUGUAGAUUUCUCAAGCGCUGUUGAAAGAGGAGACAUUUGCUGCACUUGGCAAAAGCUCGGCCAGCGAGAUUUUUUUUGUUUUGUUCUCACAGAAGAAUCAACUCUGCUGUUUAGUUUUCCAUUAGUAUUACCGUGACUUGUCUUUUUAGUGUGUAUAAAUGUGAUAGAGAUGUUUGGUGAUAAAUGUAGAGAUGGUUUGUGCUAUGUUGGAUGUUUCCCCAGUAAUGGUUGUUUAAUUGUUACAGCAA